AUGUCCCAGCCUCGGAGAUACUUAGCCCUAAAUGACUUUGUCGAUGCCCUUCAGGCAUUCCCUCAGGACAUUGUCCGCCAGUUCACUUUGCUAAAGGAAAUCGACGCCAAAUGCGUGUCAAACCAGCCGGAACUCAACCAUCACAUUUCUAAGUUCAUGAAAGAAAACAACAAAGAAAAUUCGAGUGUAAACGAGAAAGUUAGUGAUUUGACCGUCGUUAAAGAUAUAUUGCUAAGUAAUCUUCCGUGCUACGAAGAGAAAAUGACGAUUGCCAAUUUAUCCACCGAUCUUGUCGCCAAACAUCUUGAUCGCAUCAACCACGCUCUUGAAGCGGUUAUCAACCAUGAAAUCCCCAAAAUAGUGAAGUAUGGUCCAAAGAAUCAUCCAGCAGUAAUCCUGGACGCCAAAUUACCUGAAAAUAAGUCGGCCCAAAGUCAGAGAAGUGAGUCACGAAGGGAGGCCAUUGCCGCGCGCAAGGCAGCCACCACCACUGGAUCCAAUAACAACGCAAAUUCCAACAGCCCAACGGUUUCUACCAAUAGUACAAAUGGAGGAGCAAAUAAUAAUACCGGACGCCCAGGCCCUCGCCGUGAAGGUACACCAGCGGGACGCAAACGGAAACCACAAGCCCCAGCCAAAUCUGUAGGUGUUGCGCAAACUAGAACAGAAGAGCCAGCACCAAAGAGACAAAAACCUAGCUCCAAAAGAACAUCGAAUGCAAUUUCCGCUACGGUUACAGUGGCCCCAGUUCAUGCGUCGCCUCUGCCUGUGCCUCAUAAGGAGGAAGAAGAGGAAGGGGUCAAUGACGUUUAUUGUGUGUGUCAACAGGUAUCUUUUGGGGAAAUGAUUGGGUGUGAUAAUGACAAAUGUAAAAUACAAUGGUUUCAUUUACAGUGUGUUGGUUUAAGUAGCCCUCCAAAAGGAACAUGGUACUGCGAUGACUGCAAAAAGCAGUAUGGCAUGAAAUGA